AUGCUCUGUGCCGUACCCUUCAGACGCCUGGCGUCGCCCGGCCGAUGCCUAGCGACGUCCAUGUUCCUUCCAACACAAACCCCCCUGGCCUCUUCCACUCGAAGAAAGUUACUGCAUACAGCCCUGUUCUUUCCAGGACAUGGGGUCCAACGUGUUGGCAUGGCUAAUGCCUGGAUGGACCAUUUCCCUCACAAAACAACCCGCGCUUUGGAUGAGAUGGAUUCAAUUCUCGGAUUCAAACUUUCGCGUAUCAUUCUUGAGGGGCCCAACUCCAAACUAAAUCAGACCGAGAACGCGCAGCCCGCAAUCAUGGCGGUUUCUGUUCUCAUCCUCCGUAUUCUUGAGGAGGAAUUCGGAUUUGAUACCAAAUCCCGCGUCGAUGUGAUGCUCGGGCAUAGUCUCGGAGAGUUUUCGGCCCUGGUGGCAGCAGGCUAUCUCCAGUUUGCUGAUGCACUCAGAUUGGUCCGCCGCCGGGCCGAAGUGAUGGCUCAAUGUACUCGACAGAUAGUGGAGUUUUCAGGCGAAAGCUAUGGGAUGGUGGCUCUCAUUUGCGAGCCCGAUCGUCUUGAGGACCUACUGAAGACUGUCUACGAGUUUCUGGGGCUGGGAGCCUCCGGCCUCGACGACACAAGCCAUGCGACGCCACCAAUAUCACAAGUGAUGGUGGCAAAUAUCAACUCUCCCAACCAGAUUGUCCUCAGUGGCAGUAUUCCCCGGAUCAAAGCCCUUCUUGUCCAGCUACGUCAGUUCGGCGGCCAUGAUCCUCGUGCCGUGAGACUGAACAGUGACAGUCCGUUCCACAGCCCAGUAAUGUCUCCGGCCGCGGAGUUUAUGAGAACCGCCGUGGAAAAGCUUGACAUUACGUUCCCUGCUAUGCUGCCCUGUAUCUCCAAUGUCUCGGCCCUACCUUUCCAGUCGAAGGAGGAUCUCAUGCUGCUACUGUCCAGACAAUGCACCGACACGAUCCGAUGGUGGGACAGCGUUCGCUAUCUCCAUCAAGAACGAGGGGUUCGAUGCUGGAUCGGAAUUGGGCCCGGGAAAGUGGGCCGAAAUUUGGUCGGCAAAGAGGUUGGCCGGGUGGACACCAAAGGGGGUGGUGUCUGGGCGGUUUGCAAUCCUCGGGAAAUGGAGGAGAUGAUGAUUGCUUUAGAUCAAACGCAAGCAGAAGCAACAAGGUAA